AUUAACAAUCGUUGGCCCACUAUUUCAGGAUGCGUUUUGCGAACUGCGGCCUAUGUAGACCGGGCUUUAAAUGAACAAUGAACUAGGUCUUCCAUUAAAUUUGAAUGGGCAACGAAGGCAACCGAAGGUCAAUGGUCAAUACCUGUGGAAAUUUCCAAUUCACAAUUUAACAAACCUAUUGCUUAAUAUAUUGCGGCGAUGUGUCAGUUCAGUAUAUCAACAUGAUAAGCCGGAUUUAGACCGAUUCAGACGCAUUUGCUGAGCCUAUAAGUACUUCAGUUACAAACGGCGAGAUAGAUAAGAGUAUCAGUUGUGACUGCUACUGUGCCACCCAACCCAGCAACAUGAACAACGUUUUCGUGCUAAUUUUGAGCGCGUUGUUCCUCGUAUUACCGCACGAAAGUACAAGUGGAUAUUUGAAUGUAUAUCCAAAAUUGAAGCAGUAUGAAAUCGCCGAUGAGGAGGAUGUUGGCGUGCCGCUUUUCUUGACGCCUUUGAUAGAAAAUGGAAAGAUCGACGAGGCACGAGCGAAGGCCGUCGUCCAACACAAAGAGAUGGGCGAUGUCAGCAGUUAUUCGGGCUAUCUCACAGUUAAUAAACAGUACAAUUCUAAUCUUUUCUUCUGGUUCUUCCCAGCCAUGCACAAUCCAAAGACCGCACCAGUAAUAUUAUGGCUGCAAGGUGGCCCAGGAGCAACUUCUAUGUUUGGCCUUUUUACGGAAAACGGCCCAUUUAUAGUGACUGCCAAUAAAACUCUAACAAUGCGAAAGUACUCAUGGAAUAUAGCGCACAACUUGAUAUACAUUGAUAACCCAGUUGGCACUGGCUAUAGUUUUACUGAUGAUGAUAAGGGAUACGUUAAAAACGAAACACAAGUAGGAAGAGACAUUCAUACGGCUCUAGUGCAAUUCUUUCUGUUAUUCCCAGAAUUACAAAAUAAUGAUUUCUUUGUCACUGGUGAAUCAUAUGCUGGGAAAUACGUGCCGGCAGUAUCUCAUGCCAUUAAAGAUUAUAAUAUCAAGGCGGAGACAAAAAUUAACUUAAAAGGCCUAGCCAUUGGUAACGGAUUGUGUGAUCCAGAGAACCAACUCCUGUAUGGCGAUUAUUUGUACCAACUCGGGCUGAUAGAUGAAAAUGGAAAAACUCAAUUCCAAGUGUAUGAGAAAAAGGGUCGCGAAUUUAUUAAACAGAAGAAAUAUCUCGAGGCAUUUGAAAUAUUUGAUACACUACUUAAUGGCGAUUUAAAUGGCACGCCAUCCCUAUUUCGCAAUCUAACUGGUUUCGACUAUUAUUUCAACUAUUUGUUUGUGAAAGAUGGCAAUGACUCCGAUUGGAUGUCCGAAUGGAUCCAGAGAGCUGACGUCAGACGAGCUAUACAUGUGGGCAAUAGUACUUUUAACGUUGAAACCCGUAUCGUCGAGGAACAUUUGAAAGAAGACGUCAUGCAGUCCAUAGUAUUUUUCCUGACAGAUCUUCUACAGCACUAUAGAGUGCUCAUCUACAACGGACAAUUGGAUAUUAUCGUGGCGUAUCCACUCACGGAAAAUUACUUAAAAAAUUUGAAGUGGCCCGGAGCAGACAAAUAUGCGAAAGCACCGAGAAAAAUAUGGAUGGUUGGAGACAAACUAGCGGGUUACACAAAAACCGUCGAUAAUUUAACAGAGGUUCUUGUACGAAAUGCAGGUCAUAUGGUUCCUUCGGAUCAGCCAAAAUGGGCAUUAGACCUCAUCACACGUUUUACGCAUAAUAAAAAGUUCUAAAUAAUUAUGCGGAUUAUUACACUGAAUAUGUGAUAAAAGUUUUGGAUUUUUUAACUUCAGAAUUGCCAUUAUGUAAUAUAAACACUUAGUAAUACAAGGCGGUGUGCCAACAAUACUUAAGAUACUCUGAGAAACAUAGUCAUGACAAAGAAUGAACAUAAUAAUAGUGAUAUAAUAAUUUUGUAAUAGAAAAAAUAAUAAAUUUAUUAAUAAGUGAA